GGACUAGUGGCGUUAGAGCCGGCUGGGCGAUAGGACGAGCAUUUUCUCAAAAUCUCCGCGAAUUAUCGUGAAAAAGGGGGAGAAAAACAAGUUUUUUUUUUUUUCAAUAUUUGAAAAAUAAUUUCGAUCCUCGUGUCGUGGACUGGUAAAAAAAGGUGACUGAGGACUCUCGUCGGAAUUCAGAAGAAUUGGAAGAAAAAAAAAGUUGCAAAUUUUCGUAAAAAAUAUUCAGGAAACAGCGCCGAAUUCGGUGAUUUGAAAAUUUCUUUUUUUUUCUUUACAUUCUCUAAAAUCCGGGGAUCGAUCGGUGCACGGGGCCGAAACCGGCAAAAAAGUGCCAGCUCGUCGCGGCUUUUCUCAACUUUCAACACUUUUUAACAACCGAGUCAAGCCUUUUUCGAUCAUUUUCAAGGACACGUAAGAAUUAGCGAUCCUGAAAUUUCGUGUGGCAAAAAAGAGGGAAAAAGGAGCGUAUUUUUCAGCGUGACCUCGUCACGUGAGCCAACGAUGAGGCUCGACGAGGUUCUUUGAUAGGAGAGAUGUCGAGGACGAAGAAGUUCGAAUCGCCAACGCCAAGAGGAUGAGAUUCUCGUGUUUUCCGAGGGCGAGUAUCCUGGGGCAGAGGGGUAGUAUAAACUUGAGCCCUGUCCCAGGGAACGACGACACUCCGGGGAUAACAGGCCUGCGGAUAACGAGCAAUGGGAACUCGAGGGAGCCGGUAGCGAUGAGCUACAAGCGUGCCAGUGAAUAUGGGAGCGUCAUACGGCAAACUCCACCAAAGACGAAUGGAACGGGGCCGCGAGCUUAUUCGACGAGUCUCGAUGGCGAGAGAACAUCGAGAGGCGAAAAAAGCGAGAAUGGGAAGCUCGAACGUUCGGAAUCCUCGGAGUCGAAUCUUUCGCAGCCGAAAAUUCCGAGGGGUGGAGUCAUCGGACGAACCCCGACGCCGCCCUCGGCCCCGACCCCGGUCUACGAUAAAGACUCCAACUCGAGGGAACUGAUAAAACGGGCGAUCGACGAGAAUGAAUUUCUUGGAAACCUCGAAGACGUCCAGGUCGAGGCCCUCGUUUCGGCGAUGUACCCCAAGCAGAUUCCGCCCUCGACGCUCGUCAUCAAGGAAGGCGACAUCGGUUCCCACUUGUACGUGUCCGCCGAGGGGGAGUUCGACAUUUACGAGGGCAACAAAUUCCAGAGGAGUUUCGGGCCCGGUGUCGCCUUCGGGGAGCUCGCAUUGCUGUACAACACGAAGAGACUUCGAUCGAUAAGAGUGAAAAAGGGCGGCAAAGUAUGGGUGCUGGACCGGUCGGUAUUCCUGACGGUGAUGAUGAGGAGCGCGCAGGAGCGUAUGGAGGGCAACAUUCGAUUUCUGCGUCAGGUUUCGGUGCUGAAAAAGCUUCCGGAGCCGAAGGAGCACGUUCUGGCCAAAAUAUCGGAUCUGAUUAGAGUGGAGUUUUUCCCGGCGGGCGCUCGAAUCGUUCGUCAGGGUGAGAUCGGAGACAAGUUUUUCAUAAUCAGCGGAGGAAACGUGAGAAUAACGAAGGACACGGAGCGCGGUGACGAGGAUGAGCUCGUGGUGCUCGGCAAGGGUCAGUACUUCGGGGAGAAGGCGCUCUACGACAAGGAGGACAACAAGAGGCAGGCGAACGCGAUCGCCCUGGCUCCAGGAGUCGAGUGUCUCACGCUCGACGGCACAACCUUCCUCAACUACUUGGGUGGCCUCGACGAAAUAAAGAACAAGGAUUGGCUCGAGGAGUACGAGAAACAGAAGAGAUCCUUGACCCCCAAGCUGUGGACGAACGAGUACUCGGACCUGACGCUUUACGAUCUCGAGACGAGAGGGACUCUGGGAGUCGGUGGCUUCGGCAGGGUCGAGCUCGUCACCCUCAGAUCCGACCCUGAGAAGAGCUUCGCUCUGAAAAAACUCAAGAAGAAAACGAUGGUCGAUCAACAGCAGCAGGAGCACGUGCUCAACGAAAAAUACAUCAUGCAAGCGUGCGAUUCCCCCUUCAUUUGCAAACUUUACCAGACGUACAAGGACAGCAAAUACGUGUAUUUCUUGAUGGAGGUUUGUCUCGGCGGUGACGUGUGGACGACGCUCCAAAGGCGUCGGUACUUCGACGACCACACCGCCCAGUUCAUGGUCGGUUGCGUAGUCGAGGCUCUCGACCAUUUGCACUCCCUCAACAUAGUCUACCGGGACCUGAAGCCGGAAAAUUUGAUGCUGGAUUCCCGAGGGUACCUCAAACUGGUCGAUUUUGGAUUCAGCAAGAAAAUCGGGCCCGCGAAGACGUGGACUUUUGCCGGGACCCCGGAGUACGUUGCGCCCGAAAUAAUACUCAACAAGGGCCACGACAGAGCCGUCGAUUACUGGGCCCUGGGAAUACUGACUCACGAGCUCCUCGUCGGCAAACCACCCUUCCGGGGCGCCGAUCACAUGACGACCUACAACAAAAUACUCAAAGGCGUCGAAAUGAUCGGGAUACCGGGCAGCGUCAACAAAAACGCCAAUAACCUCAUUAAAAAACUGCUCCGGCUCAGCCCUUCCGAGCGGUUGGGCUAUCAGAGAGGCGGGAUCCAAGAUAUAAGGGACCACAAGUGGUUUUUAACCUUCAAUUGGGCGGCUCUGCAACGACUGUCUUUACCGGCGCCGAUAGUGCCAACGGUUCGCGGGCAAACGGACACGAGGAAUUUCGAGAGAUAUCCACCGGACCGGACGAUCCCACCGGACGAAUUUUCGGGCUGGGACAUGGAGUUUUGAAAGCGUGGAAAUCGAGAGCGGAUUUAAGCGGAGGAGUGGGCAAUAAGAGUGUGGGAUCGAGGGAGAGCGAUUCGUUGAAAAAUAUAUUUCGAAAGCUGGCAUUAAAUCCUUGUUAUUUAAGUUACGUAACAUUGUUCGUCGAAUAAACAAUUUUAUAAAUAA